AUGGCUGCCUCGAAACCCUCGAUCAAGGGCAAAGGCUCAAAAGGGAAAUCCGGCCCAGCCAAGUCCGGCGCCAACAAACCGAAAUCGAAAUCUUCAAAGCCUACCGGCAGCGCGCCCGAAGGAAUCUCGAAGCGCAAGCAGAAAUCCAUGUCGCUGGCUAAGCCUGGUGGCGCGCAAAAGACCAAGAGCUUAGUGUCCAAAGACGGCAAGAAGAAAAAGAGGGUCUAUUCAGAGAAGGAAUUGGAUAUCCCGGCCUUGAAUGGAAUAAUACCCGCGGGCAUUGCGAAACCAAAGGGUGUCAAGAAGGGGAAAAAGUUUGUGGAUGAUCCGGCUAGCAUGAUGGCCAUCAUGUCCGUCGUCAACGCCGAGAAAGAAGGGCACCUCGAGUCCAAGAUUGCAAAAGCCCGCCAGCUAGAGGAAAUACGCGAGGCCAAGCGGAAAGAGGCUGAGAGUAGGAAAUCAGACAAAGACCAGGCGUUUGAGGAGAGGAAACAAGACCUCAAGAAGAAGAGGAAGAGGCAUAGUGAGCCUGGCGCUGGCGCUGGCAGGGGUGACGAGAGAGAAGGAGAUAAGAUCAAGGAGAAGGACAGGAAGUUCAAGGUUAGGAAGAGGGUUAGCUUUGGCUGA